UUAAAAACAAAAAAUAUGGAACAAGUAAAGGAGAUUCGAAUCAUUUUGAAAAUGUAUUCUACACAACGGCUUUCGAUUGUUCUUUACAUUUUAAUAAGUGAAAUAACGAUUUAUAUUUACCCAAACAUGAAUUUUAUACUUAAUUAUGAAAUUAUUGACAUACAAAUCAUUGUUAAAGAAGGAUUUGAAAAUGAAUCAUCAGGUAAAAUUGAAAAGAUCAUUGUAAAAUUUUACGCAGAUAAAAGAAAUUUCCGUUUAUCUCUACAACGAGAUUUAUCAAGUGCCAACGAAUAUUUAAACUAUAAUAUAUUUAUCUACAACGAAAAUAUUACCAAGAUUAAUUUAAAUAAUCUACGUGAAUCUUUUCUUUAUUCUGGAACUGUAAUAGGUGAAGAACAUUCGGCCAUAACUGGAUAUUUUCAUAACAACAUAUUCAUUGGUAGAAUUACUAUGAAGUAUGAAGUUUAUUAUGUAGAAGCAGCCUAUAAAUAUUUUGAACAAGAUUUUUAUGUGAAUAAAAUGUUGUUUUAUAAGGAAACGGACAUCCUAUCUCCAAGAUGCUUAAUGAAAAAGAAGAAAAACGAUUGCGAAAAAAGUAAAAUGAGGAAAAUCCUAUACGAUACUUACUACUUUUCUAACGUUAUUGAUUCUGAAAAUACCAAAAAGCAGCGAAUGAUAAUGAAAAAGAAUCAACUUCUUUGUGUAAUUGACUUGAUAGCAGAUCAUACAUUCGUGAAAUUCAUGAACUACAACACUGCUAUAACUGUUGCAGAAAUGCUUUAUCACGUGAAAUUAGUUGACAGAAUAUUCAGUUCUACAGAUUUUGAUAACGAUGGAAUAGCAGAUAGAAUUGGAUUUGUAAUAGGUAAAAUUAAAAUGUUUGCUAAUAAAUCUAAUCCUAGAUACCCGAUAAAAGAAGAGAAUAUCAAAACAUCGAUAUCUUAUUUAAAUAACCUCUCGAAAUAUUAUCAACAAAACAUAUGCUUGGUUAUAGCAUUCUGUCAUAGGAAUUUUCUUGAUGCCAUUGGAGCAGCAUUUAUAGAUGGACUUUGCAUUUCAACAAAUCCAAAUAUAAAUAGAAGUUUUAACAUUGUUUUUGUUUCAAGUAUGUGGAAAGAUUAUAUUGUACCAAGAUCGGUACUUAGUAGAAUUUUACUUCACGAAGUGGGACAUUCAUUUGGAUCUAAGCACGACAAUAAAAACAAUAUUAAGUGCAGCCCAAGAAAACAAAAAGGAAAAUACGUUAUGCAUAAUACAAUUUCUACUACCGUUCGCUUUAAUAAUUGGAAAUUCUCACCCUGUAGUAAGAGACAAAUAUCAAAAUCAAUUAUUAAGAAAAUAGAUUGCUUUUUUAAUGAAAUGGAAUCUGUAUGUGGCAAUGCAAUAACCGAGAAAGGGGAAGAAUGCGAUUGUGGACCAAUUGUAUCUUGUCAAUAUCUCGAUCCUUGUUGCUAUCCACCCGGAUCAAUCCACGAAUGCACUCUUAAAAAACAUACAAGAAAUUUCUGUAGUCCUAGAGAAGGUGUUUGCUGCACUGAAGAUUGUAGAUUUAUUCCAAAAAGUGAAUAUCGUACUUGUUACGUUGACGUUCCUUGUAGAAAAUAUAAAACAAUUUGCAAUGGAAAGUCUUCAUCGUGCCCCGAGAUUUAUACACCUAAAGGAUCUUCUUGUCAUAAUAAUAAAGGGAGAUGCCUCAGCAAUGGAACGUGUUAUUUAUCACAGAUAGAAGACGAAAUUCAAUGGUAUAUUAUACCUAAUUUUUUGACAUAUAUCUUACCUUUAUUUGUAUUUAUAAUGUUAUAUUUUCCAAAUUUCUUAUGUUAUCAAUAUGAAUUACAUCGUCGAUCAAUUCGAAAAGCCAAAACAAAGCAAUAAUUGAUUAUAACUGUUUAUAUCUUCAAAAGAUCAAGAUGUCGUCAUAUUACUGAAAUACGU